GAAACCAACACAAAAGCUCCAUCAUGGUGCAAAGAGUAGCAGUGAUAGGGGCAGGCCCCUCUGGUCUGGCCAGCAUGAAGGCUUGUUUGGAUGAGGGCAUGGUGCCAACCUGUUUUGAAAGCAGCGAUGACGUGGGCGGGCUGUGGAAGUUCAAGGAGGUGUCAGAGCCCAACAGAGCCAGUAUUUACCGUUCGCUCACCAUCAACGUCUCCAAGGAGAUGAUGUGCUACAGUGACUUUCCCAUCCCCGCUGACUUUCCCAACUACAUGCAUCACUCUAAAAUCCUGAAAUACUUCAGGAUGUAUGCAGAACACUUCAAACUGCUGCAGCACAUUCGCUUCCAGACCUCAGUGAAGAGUGUCAAACAGAAACCAGACUACUCACGCACUGGUAAAUGGGAAGUGGUGACUGAGAACAGAGAGGGGCGAGAGGAGAAGCAUGUGUUUGAUGCCGUAAUCUGCUGCUCUGGUCACUACACCUACCCUAACCUGCCGCUCAAAGACUUCCCAGGAAUUGAGACAUUCGAAGGGAAAUACUUCCACAGCUGGGACUACAAGGGGCCCGAAGACAUGUACGGGAAGAGGGUGGUGGUUAUAGGCAUCGGGAACUCAGGAGGUGACAUCGCUGUGGAGAGCAGCAGAGUGGCCGAGCAGGUGUAUCUGAGCACUCGCCGUGGCGCCUGGGUUAUCCGUCAGGUUUCUGACAACGGCGUUCCAGUGGACAUGAAGUACAACACGCGGUUUGUCGCCAUCUUGCUCCAGCUCUUGCCGCUCAACUUUCUCAACUGGCUUUCCGAGAAGAAACUCAAUGCCAUGUAUGACCACACCAUGUAUGCCCUCAAACCCACACACAGAUUCCUCAGUCAGAUCCCUGUGAUCAACGACGAUCUGCCUUUAAAGAUUCUGUCUGGGUCCGUCAUUGUCAAACCGAAUCUGAGGGAGAUCCGUGGCUCCACCGUGGUGUUUGACGAUGGCAGCAUGUUGGAGAAGGUGGAUACGAUUGUGUUCGCCACAGGCUACAACUAUGAUUUUCCGUACUUGCCGAGCAAUGCUAUGUACAAGUCUGGGCACCGUGUGGGUCUCUACAAGCACGUUUUUCCUCCCAACCUGGAGCAUCCCACUCUGGCCAUCGUGGGUUUCAUCCACGCCUUUGGAGCCAUCAUGCCCCAGGCUGAGAUGCAGGCCCGCUGGGUCACUCGUGUCUUCAAAGGACACAAAAAAUUGCCCUCAAACCAGGCCAUGAUAAAGGCUGUUGAGAAGGACACCAGUGAUAUCCAGAAAACCUUCUUCGUGUCAAAGUUGACCCCCCUGCAGGUGAGCUUUGUUCCCUACAUGGACGACUUAGCGAGAGAGAUUGGGGUGCGGCCAAGUCUCCUCUGGCUCUUCUUUACAGACUACCCACUGUUUAAGAGGAUUCUGUGGGGACCUGUCACAGCUUACCAGUACCGGUUGGUGGGACCAGGGAAAUGGGAGGGAGCCCGCAAAGCAAUCUUCACCCAGUUUGACCGCAUGUGCCAGCCCCUGAAAACCAGACAGCUGAAGGAGCAAGAGGCCUCCAUCACUGGCAGCCUGAUCAAGUUGAGCCUGAUCAUCACUGCUGGAGCAGCCUCCGUCUACUACGUCCAUGAUCGCAACCCAACCACCAUCCCUACCCUCCUGUCCAAGCUCCGUCUACAAACAAUGUGGCUCCAUCAAUGAAAUUGUGUGAAUAAGAGAAAUUCUGAAACACUCAAAACAAAUACCAUAUUUACUGUUACUAGAUCUCUUAAGAAAUCUAUUUCAGUGUACUCCUGUUUGGUUUAUGAUUAUGGGAAUGAUUCUUAUCACUGUCUGAGCUUCUGAUUAAUGUUAGAGGUGUUACUGGAUCUGCUGCUUAAACUCAAAUGUUCAUAUGCAAAUGUUUCUACAAAAUAUGUGUCAGAGGAAACGUAUCCGAUAUUUAGUGGACUGUUAAAGGUCAAGCACAAUUAAACUUACCAGACGUAUUUACAUCAUAUUUAACUUUUAAGUCAGCCUGAAUGUGAAGUGUUUUUCCUGUGUGAAUAAAGUGAUAUAUUA